ACCUGUGUCUCGGGUGUCACCGUGUCUCCGGUGUCACCGUGUCUCGGGUGUCACUCACCCGUGUCUCCGGUGUCACCUUUGCUGCCGCUGUCGCGGGCGGGACCGGCGGGGCCGGGCCGGGGCUACAAAACGCGGGGCGCUGCCCGGCGGGACCGGGACCAGACGGGGACAGGGACAGGGACAGGGCCAUGGCCGCCACCAAGGUGACAGCAGCGGCGACAGAGCUGGCGGCCGCCCGCGAGCACGGGCUGGCCGUGACCCGCGACUUCCACAGCAACCCGCGGCUGACCUACAGGACAGUGUGCGGUGUCAACGGGCCACUGGUGGUGCUGGACAACGUCAAGUUCGCCCAGUACGCCGAGAUCGUGAACUUCACCCUGCCCAACGGCACCACCCGCAGCGGGCAGGUGCUGGAGGUGAUGGGCGCCAAGGCCAUCGUGCAGGUGUUUGAGGGCACCUCGGGCAUCGAUGCCAAGGCGACAACGUGCGAGUUCACGGGGGACAUCCUGCGCACGCCGGUGUCCGAGGACAUGCUGGGCCGGGUGUUCAACGGCUCCGCCAAACCCAUCGACAGCGGCCCCCCGGUGAUGGCCGAGGACUUCCUGGACAUCAACGGCCAGCCCAUCAACCCCCACGGGCGCAUCUAUCCCGAGGAGAUGAUCCAGACCGGGAUCUCUCCCAUCGACGUCAUGAACAGCAUCGCCCGCGGACAGAAAAUUCCCAUCUUCUCUGCUGCUGGACUGCCCCACAACGAGAUCGCGGCACAGAUCUGCCGCCAGGCCGGGCUGGUGAAGAAAUCCAAGGAUGUGGUGGAUUUCCACGAGGACAACUUUGCCAUCGUCUUUGCGGCCAUGGGGGUGAACAUGGAGACCGCGCGGUUCUUCAAGUCGGACUUCGAGCAGAACGGCUCCAUGGAGAACGUGUGCCUCUUCCUCAACCUGGCCAACGACCCCACGAUCGAGAGGAUCAUCACGCCGCGGCUGGCGCUGACCACGGCCGAGUUCCUGGCGUACCAGUGCGAGAAGCACGUGCUGGUCAUCCUGACCGACAUGAGCUCCUACGCCGAGGCCCUGCGCGAGGUGUCGGCAGCCAGGGAGGAGGUCCCGGGCCGCCGCGGCUUCCCCGGCUACAUGUACACGGACCUGGCCACCAUCUACGAGCGCGCGGGGCGCGUGGAGGGCAGGAACGGCUCCAUCACCCAGAUCCCCAUCCUCACCAUGCCCAACGACGACAUCACCCACCCCAUCCCCGACCUGACGGGUUUCAUCACCGAGGGCCAGAUCUACGUGGACCGGCAGCUCCACAACCGCCAGAUUUACCCCCCCAUCAACGUCCUGCCGUCCCUGUCCCGGCUGAUGAAAUCGGCCAUCGGAGAGGGAAUGACCAGGAAGGACCACGGGGACGUGUCCAACCAGCUGUACGCCUGCUACGCCAUCGGGAAGGACGUGCAGGCCAUGAAGGCCGUGGUGGGCGAGGAGGCCCUGUCCGCUGAUGACCUCCUCUACCUGGAGUUCCUGCACAAGUUCGAGAAGAACUUCAUCUCCCAGGGUCCCUACGAGAACCGGAGCAUUUUCGAGUCGCUGGACAUCGGCUGGCAGCUCCUGCGCAUCUUCCCCAAGCAGCUCCUCAAGCGCAUCCCCGAAAACAUCCUGGCCGAGUUCUACCCCCGCGAGGCCAAGGCGCCCGAGCAGGGCACGGCCCUGUGACCCCAAAUCCUCCAAAAUCCCCCUUUCCUGCAAUCAGAUCCCCCUUUCCUACAACCGGAUCCCCCUUUCCUACAACCGGAUCCCCCUUUCCUACAACUGGACCCCCCUUCCUAAAAUCGGGAAAAAUCUCUUUGUUUUUAUUGGUGAAUAAACAACCGUGGUCACCAAA